UCAGUUACACUUGAAAAAGUCACAGGCGUGAGUGAAUGAGUCUUGCCUUCACACUCUAGGAGAAAUGAACGUCAUGCAAAGCACCAUAGAGAGAUUGAGACCCCUUGUGGGAAUGAAGGGCUGGGAUUACUGUGUCCUUUGGAAACUGAGAGAUGAUCAGAGGUGCAUUGAAUGGAUGGGUUGCUGUUGCGGUGGAUCUGAAACUACUGAAAAAGGAGAAGAGCAUCUGUUUCCAGUUUCUCCCAUACUUCCUUGCAGGGAUAUGAUGUUUCAACACCUCAGAUCCAAUGCAUGUGAUUUUCUAGCUGAAUUGCCUUAUUCCAUGCCCUUGGAUUCCGGGAUUCAUAAGCAGGCCUUAAUAUCAAGUCAGCCUAAAUGGAAAAACAUCUCCAACAUCUCUGAUGUGAGCUCUCUCUCUCUCUCUCUCUCUCUCUCUCUCUCUCUCUCUUUCUCUCUCUCUCUGAUUUAACAUCCCUUUGUUUUACAGGAAACGGUUAGAACUAGAGUUUUAAUUCCAGUGGCAGGAGGAUUAGUAGAGCUGUUUGUGGCGAAACAUGUACAUGAAGAUCAACACAUAAUAGAAUUCGUUAUGGCACAGUUCAACCACUCAUGGGAGCAAGAAGCCAUGAUUGUAAGGAAUAUUACGGACACCAACUUCCAUGAUCAAUUGCUUGAUCGUGAGAUCAAUGGCCCACAUUUAACUGAUGGAUACCCAGCCGAGAAUCCGAUUGGUCACCAGCCUAAACCCUUUUCGGCCAUCGGCUAUGAUCCAAAGAACACCGAUCAUUUUCAGCCGUGGAUCCCUCCAGCCACUGAUAAUUUGAACUUGACAUGGGAUCUCUCAGCUGACCAGAUCCGUCUUUGCAAUUCGCCGACGAAUAUCUUUGGAGGGCAACCGUUCCCUCCUUCCGAUAGCCGGCACAAGAAUGCCAUAUUCUUUGAGGGAUCAACAGACUCAAUCCUUUCAGACAAGCCACCGUCUUUUAAUCCGGGUACUGAUCAUGGGUUCCCGGAGAUUGUAGCUUUGCAGCAGUCACUUAGGACCACUGCUUCCAACCUGCAUCCAUCGAUCCCAGAAUCUUCCGUAUCUAAAGAACUGGGGCAUGAGAAGGAUUCAAUCAAACAGGAGAUGGGCCGCGGCGACUCAAUCUCAGAUUGUAGCGACCAGGUGGAGGAUGACGACGAUCACAAGACUGUAGGGCGGUCAGGGAGGAGACACCAAGCAAAGAACCUUCUAGCGGAGAGGAGGAGAAGGAAGAAGCUCAACGAUCGGCUCUUUGCUUUACGUUCUUUGGUCCCCAAGAUUACCAAGAUGGAUAGGGCAGCGAUCCUUGGAGAUGCAAUUGAAUUUGUGAAGGAGUUGCAGAAGCAGGUGAAGGAUCUCCAGGAUGAACUUGAGGAAACGCCAGAUGAAGGUAGAAAUCAAAACGGCAACAAGGAUAAUCUCCAACUGGAGAUUCUGAAUCAGAAUCCGAUUAGUCAUGGCGAUGGGGAAUCCUCACACGGGUUGAGGAUGGAAAUGGCAGAUCAUGGAAACAGAUGCUCCUCGAGUAAUAAGACGGGUGACCCUAUGAAGCAAAAUCACGAUUCAUUAAGCAUUGACGACAAGACACAACAGAUGGAGGUACAAGUGGAAGUGAGCCAGGUAGAGGGAAACGGAUUCUUCCUAAAGUUCGUCUGCGAGCACAAGCCUGGAGGGUUUGUGAGGUUGAUGGAGGCAAUGAAUUCACUAGGCCUUGAAGUCACCAAUGCCAAUGUCACCACCUUCAGAGGCCUGGUUUUGAAUGUCUUCAAAGUGGAGAAAAGGGGUAAUGAAGUGGUUCAAGCUGACCAAGUGAGGGAUUCAUUACUGGAGCUAACACGCAAUCCAAAUGGAGGGUGGUCGGAGCCUGCAAAUGUAUCGGAAAACGGUGCCACUGAUCAUCGUCAUCAACCCAGCAACAUCACCAGCAUCAUCACCUUCACAUGAAUUCCCAUCUUCACCACCUCCACCACCAACCAUAACUCUUUAAACUUCCAAGUGAAAGUUACGCUGAGACUUCUAUCAGUUUAUCAGUCUUGAAUG